AUGUUAGAAAAUUUUCGCCCCGUUGAUGACAAGACGACAACGAGAUGGUCGGCAGUCGGCCGGCCGACGCACAUUUCCAUUGAGGCAAUCAGAUGCCGGCUCGAGGGAGGUGGAGUUGAGACCCCGAGACCGAAGGAGGCGCUGGCUGGGCGAAAAGAAUUCCGGGCGUUUUUUGCAAACCUGAAGGAACCUCGUCUUAGUGGCUGCGGUCGUGGUUUAAUUAACUACUGCAACGGGCAGGGCAACGCUGUCAACGUCGUCGUCGUCCUCGGUUGGAAAUGCCGGCAUGAUUACUGUUAUGAGCGAUGGGUUGACGGCAAGGAACACCUGAACAAAGACUGGCUAUUUGUUCAUACAGUUGACAACGAGCACACUGAGACCAUCAUGUGA